AUGCCAAAUUGUCAACUGCAGAACCAGUUUUGUACGGUUAGUUUUAUUAUUAGAGUGAAUUGGUUAGUUAUCAAACUUAAAGGUAACAUAGUAUACAUGUAUUAAAAUGUAUAAUAAGACUGAAAACCAACUAGAGGCUCUAUUAAAUAGUUUUAUACAUUUCAUCAGUGCUGCAAACUUAGGUGAAAUUGUUAUUAACUUAUUUUAGUAGACGAUUACUAAUUACAUAAUCUAAGUUUAUAAUAUAUUUUAUUAAACGUAUUAACAACAACUCGUAAGCCCAUUUAUUAAGUUGUAUAUAUCAAUAAUUUUAAAACCCAAGAUAUAGUGAAGUAUAGUAUUAUUAAAUAGAACAAAUGAAGAUAGGAAAAACUCAUAAUCUUACUUUGGAUAAAAAUAAACUUAGACAGAAGGUACUGUCUCUCGGAAUCAGGUACAGAUAUUAUUGUCAUACUACUCUGAAUUUUAAAACCUAGUUUGGUCGAUCUGUUCAAAAAUAAUAUCUACAAUCUACAUAUCAAUGUAAAAACUAAAAAUAAAAAUAUUUAGUAAUUUUUGAGUAAUUUUUCAUUUCUGAAAUUAUAAAUCCACUUUUAUAGUUUGGUAGUUAGAAAUAUUAGUUUAUAUACUUCACACACUGAUGAAUAAUUGGAAAGGAAAAAAAUUCUGAUAAUAUUAUAAGUCGAAUUUUUCUUCACCGGGGAUCAAAGGUAAACUAGAAAUCGGUAAACAUCAAAAAACUGAAAAAAAACCUAGGGAAGGAUCUAUUAAAGGUUUCGAAAAUUAUUUCGGAUAAAGAACUUUCGGACAAAAUUCUGAAUUUUUGAUGUACCUUUGGAAUAAAACACCUGAACAAUUUCACAAACUACAAAAAGGAUGUUCUGAUAGAAAAAAAAAAAACCAUGUGUUUGUAAAACAAAGAUAACACUUGCUACAUUCGAAAUCUAACAAAAAAUGCCUACAUUACUCAUAUUGAGUUUUCUUAUAAUAAUUAUACUUAAAAUUUAUAUACUAAAUAUACUAAAUAAAAAAAAUAAUAUAAUGUAUAGCAUUUAAAAAUAUCAUUUGACCUGUAAUAAAAAGUUAAAAAUUUGAGGUCAGGAUCAAAUCAAUUUUGUACACCCUUGUAGUUUCCGUACCACUGUAUAUCUACAUUCUACAGUGAUAGUUAAAUACUAGCACACAAAUGUAAACAAAAAAAGUUCACGGUAAAUUUGAACUUUAUAUCAAUAAAGAAAAAAAAUUCCAUACUUUAAUAUUAGCUUAAACGAAAAUUAGUCUUAAAACGCAACUCAAUGUCUUAAUUGAAAGUCUCUCAUAAGAUGUACAACAAAACAGAUAAAUAAUUAGUUGAGACAUUUGACGGAAUUUAAGUUAAGUAUUUGUAUAGUUUUGUUUUUGCAAAAACAUACUGUGCAAUAUAAGAUUUAAACUGAAAAGGAAUAAUAAUAACAAUUUACCAUUUUCGUAUAACCAUAUUUCUAUAUCCUGCUGCCUCCAAAUUUUCAGAAUGAAAUAUUUGUUUUAUAAUUGUUAUGAAUUAAAAAUAUUAACAACGUUAAUGAAAUUAUUUUAAUAUAAGUGAUAUGAUUUGAUUAUUUAAAACGAAUUGUUUUUUUAUAUUUAUUAUACAAAAACUUGUUUUUACUCUGGAGCAGUAACUUACUGUAAAACUAAAUAAUUGUAUGCUAUUGUAAUUAUUGUAGUAUUAUUAUUACAUUCAAAUAAUUCAUAUUAUUAUUAUUUGUAUUAUAUGAAAGUUAAAUAAGGUUUCGAUGAAAAAUUUUGAUUAAAGUAUACAAGUAACCUUAAAUUAGAAAAAAAAGUCGAAUCGAGACGACAAAGAAACGGCGACGGCGUGGGAUUAAUUUCAUCGUCCUCAGCCGUAUUACUGUUCCUUUUUAUUCGUAACAACAACGCUAUUAUAUAAAUAAUACAAUAAUACUAUGCUGCAAUCUUAUUUGCAAAUUUUAAUGAAAACGGAGUUACCAGAGAAUUUUUUAGUAAAAAAUGUAAUGUUCGAUAAAAAAAAUCUUUUAUGUAUUUAUUUUUUCGUAUUAAACCAUUAAUUUAUCUUCAUAAAAUCAUUGUAGUAACUAAAGAAAAAAAAAUUUUAGUGUUUAUACCAAAGUGAUUUUAUUUUUAUUUAUUUUUACACAUUCAAUGAUUCAAAUUAAAUGUUUAACUUUUUUCUCAAAAAGACAUUGGAUUGACCCAUUAAAUUUAACAUAUCAUAUUAUGAGACUGUUAUAUUUUAAAGAUACCAAUAUCAAAAUUUUAUUUAAAUAUAAAUAUUACUUUUUCGAUGCAGAUAUUUGGGGGUUGCUUGAUAUGGUAAACUUACCUGAAAGAAAAAGAAAAUUAAAAAUUAAUACAUUUAUAAAUGUAUUUCCUAAUAAUUAAUUACCCAUGACAAUAUAUUAACUAAAUCAGUUAUAAAUUAUUUUAAUUACUAACUUUAAAUAAAAUUAAACAUUUAUAAUAAGCCUUAAAAUACAGUAAGUUAUACCUUAAUCCUUAAGUAUCAUACCCAACAGUAAUGUAAGAUUGUAGUAAUAAGUAAAACGAAUCUUGGUUACAAUAUUUUAUCCUCCAGAAGAGUAGUCUGGCAUUAUAAACAAAAAAUAGUUGGACUUAAUCACAUAAUAUUAUUUUACAUGUUCCAGGAGUUAAAGGUGCAGCUAAAAAUAUGAAAUUUGAGUUAGAAAUAUGGCAAUUGUUUUUUCCUGAUACUUUGUUGAGAUAGUUACGAAUAUAAAUUUAUUUAUUCAAAAUUCCACAACAAAAUACCAAUCUAAUCCAACAUUUAUUAAACCUAUUGACAUUGAUGAAAUAAAAUCUUUAAUUGAUUUAUUUUAUUUAGCUGGUGUUUAUAAAUCAGGGCGAACAAAUGUGGAUGAAUUUUGGCAAAGGCAAAGAGAUAGUACUGGGUUAGAUAUAUUUUGGAUAACAAUGUCAUUACAGAGAUUUAGAUUUCUUGUUCAGUCUAUUCGAUUUGAUGAUAAAGGAACCAGAAAUGACAGGAUAAAGUUUGAUAAACUAGCACCAAUUCGCUUUAUAUUUGAUUCAUUUAUUUUAAACUGUAAAACUCAUUAUUUGUUAGGUGAAUAUGUCUCUUUAGAUGAAAAGCUAAUUGCUUUUAGAGGUCGUUGUAGUUUUAGUAUGUAUAUACCAUCAAAACCAGCAAAGUAUGGAAUUAAAGUUUUCAAUUUAUGUGAUGCAAGGGCUGCAUACACUUAUAAUUUAGAAGUUUAUCUUGGUGAACAACCUGAUGGACCAUAUAAAUUCAGCAAUAAGCCUGAAGACGUUGUUAAACGUUUAUGUGGUUUGGUAGUUACAAUUUGGCAAUUUCAAUGUUAA